UGACGUCACAUGAUUGGUCGGAGCAUCUACUGCUGGUCAGUGGUCACAGUGCAAAGAUCAGAUGAAAUUUCUCCUCUCAUAAAACUGAUGGUGCGCAGUCCAUAUCAAAGAAACUAAUUUGUGGACUACUCGCUGCGUGUUUUAAGGUACCCUUGUGCAGUAAGAUGAAUAUGUCACAUGCACCCCACAAUCACCAUAAGGACAUGACCAUGUCACCUCCAAUCACAGGCUCUCAUGGAGACCAUGAGAACCCCGACACAGGCCAUGGAGAUAUGAUGAUGCAAAUGACUUUCUACUUUGGCUACAAAAAUGUUGAGCUGCUAUUCGCUGGACUUGUCAUCAACACACCAGGAGAGAUGGCAGGCGCGUGCAUCGGUGUGUUCCUGCUGGCUGUGUUCUACGAGGGGCUUAAGAUCGGUCGUGAGGUCCUGUUGAGAAGGAAUCAGGUGAACGUGCGUUACAACUCCAUGCCUGUCCCUGGAGCUGAUGGCACCAUCCUCAUGGAGACCCACAAAACAGUCGGCCAGCGAAUGGUGAGUGUCGCGCACUUGCUUCAGACCGUUCUGCACAUCAUCCAAGUGGUGGUCAGUUACUUCCUCAUGCUGGUGUUCAUGACUUACAACGGUUACCUGUGCAUCGCCGUCGCAGCGGGCGCAGGGGUCGGCUACUUCCUGUUCAGCUGGAAGAAGGCAGUGGUGGUGGAUAUUACUGAACACUGUCAUUAACCUCUCUACAAACCCCACGGCUGAUCAUCCCACUAUAUAACCUCAAAAACCAAUCCAAACAUACAUCACAACAACUCUAUGUAUGUAGAGCACUGUAUGAAUGAUCUAAUUAAUUUUGAAAAAUAGUGUGGGCCCCAUAGCUCCACUCAUUUUAAAGCUUGGCUCUAUUUUGAUCCUCUUCGUUUUAUACAAAAUAAAGUCCCGUCACCAUUUUGGUCACUUUGACAGUAGCAUGUCAUUUCCUCUGUAAUGCUGAAAUAGGUGUACAUGGCCUAACUGUCUACCUCCACGGUCAUAGUACCUUAUCUGAAAGUGAAAGGUCACAAGUCACUUUGUUUAAUAUAAUAGUGUCUGCUGUCCACUUCAUAUUAAGGUGCUUCUGGGUUGUGUGAUAGAGCCUUACUAACCCCUUUGCCUUAAAUGAGGGAACACACACAGACACCCAAGAGGCCGACUAUAGACUCUAAAAGCCAAACUAGAUCUGGUAGAGCCAGUAUAAAAGCACUAGUGAUUUUAUUCAAGGUUGGGUUGGGUUGCUAUGGCUGACUAUUCUUUAUUUGAGCUGCUGGGGUAAUCAAUGAAACAUCCGUUAAUGAGUGAUCGUUGUUCGACACUGGAUUGAAAUGUUGAAUCCUGUUGUCGUAUGAUGUUUGCACAGAGAAAGAGUGGUUUUCUGCAACUCUGUGUUGGCAGAGUUGAAGUCGAACUUUGCUCCUUUAGAGUGCUUUAAAGUAAAUAUCUGGGGGGAUUGUUGGAAAAUAAAUUAUAUCUGAUGCCAGUGUCACCGUCAAUGUUUCUUUUUAUAAUUUAUAUUUUUAACACUACUACUUAAACGACAAUGUACUUGAUAUCAAAACCUUUUUUUUUGGCAAUCUGUAGAUCCUUUUAGUUUUCUAAUAUCUUUUAAAUGAUUGUGUUGUAUCACAAGAAGGCAUGAACUUGAGCAAAUCAUGAGCUAUUACAAAUAUUAAGGUCACUACUCUGAUAGUCCCUGGGUCCUAGAAUGUGAACGUUAUGGUUUUUGAUGAUAUUUACUCUCUAUAAUAGUAAAGGGGUGUGCCUUUGUCAUACUGGACCCAAUUAAAUCCAAUUUAAGUGCCCAAGAAAGCCUGUUCUUUUUUGCUUAGUGUAAUUAAUUUUCUGUAAUCAUUUUGGUAGACUUGUUUUAGUUAAAAGCUGUUUUUAUAAUUUCAGAAGAAAAUGUAGUCAUGUGUUUGUACCAGUCAUCAAUUACAAUUUGUGGCACUGGAUUUUAGGAUCCAUAAUAUUCUCCAUCACAGGGCUUUGACAUAUUAAAUCUGGGAUUGUUUUAAACAAUAUAGUAGCAAACUGUGUUUGCUUUGUCUUUUUUUUUUUUUUUUUUUUUUUUUUUUUUUU